AUGGCAUCAAAAAUGAAAGACAGGAAGAGAACUCCCAUCUCUCACAAAGUCAUUGAGAAACGAAGACGGGACCGCAUUAAUCGCUGCCUUAACGAAUUAGGAAAAACUGUACCAAUGGCACUAGCAAAACAGAACUCUGGAAAACUGGAGAAAGCUGAAAUCUUGGAAAUGACAGUUCAGUACCUGCGAGCUCUUCACUCGGCGGAUUUCCCCCGUGGGAGAGAAAAAGGUGAACUGCUGGCUGAGUUUGCAAACUACUUCCACUACGGAUACCAUGAGUGCAUGAAGAACCUUGUGCACUACCUGACCACCGAGGACAGGGCUGAAACCAAAGACAUCAAGUACGCGCGCAUCCUCGCCUUCCUACAGUCUAAAUCCCGUGUGGUCACCGAGCCAGUGUUCGGCUCAGUCGGCUCAAUGCCGGAACCGACUGACUACCUCAGUCAGCUGCACUCCUCCCCGGAGCACCAAAGCCACAGCCCGUCUGACUCCGUGUACCAGCAGAGUCCACCGGGACACUUCUCCUGGCAUGGCACGACCCGCAGCCCGGGCCUCUCGUACCCAACGGUGCCGCUCUCUGCGCACACACAGCAGCACGGCGGAUACUUAUCACCGGUGCAAGGACUCGAUCACCAUUAUUUCAACUUCAUCGGUCACACGCACGCGAACACGUUUAGUUUGCACAGUGCGCAGCACGCCAUGUAA